CGUUGAGGGGCACCUCGCGGUGUGUUGCUAUGUCGGCCUUGGCUGCUGCCGUGCCGAUCCCUGACAGUUUCCUGCCUCGAUAUUUGCCUCAGUGAGCCAGGUGCGGGGCCACGGUGAGCAGCGUCUCCUAAACAAGCUGAUAAACCAAAACGUUCUGUGACCACAACCACCACUCGAGACGCAACACAACGCACACCACACGAAAAGAAAAAAAGGAAAAGAACGAGAACAAGAAAAGGAGAAAGAAAGACCGAUCAACAUCAGGAGACAAGAAGACUCGGAGAAAAGAGAACACUGUAACCACACACAGCACCGCCGGAAGGACCUGAGCAAAAUGGCGCUGCGAGGGGAAGAAAAACACCGCUCCUCGUUCUGCUUCUUCCCCCUCGUGACUGUGCUGGUGCUGCUGGGAUCCUCCGUGCAGGCGCAGGAGGAUGGAGGAGAGGGGAUGAGGGAGAAGCAGGAAGGGAAUGACAUGGUGUGGUUCAUCCCGGAGACGCUGCUGAAGGUGCGGGAGGACACGACGCGGCAGGUGACGUGGCUCACCAAUGUCACGGCCAGGGUCGAGAGGGUGUUUGCAACGAUGGAAAAGUCGAGGGAGGCGGAGGUGGCUGGCUUCAGCGAGGCGUUCAUGGGCGCCCCGGAUCUUGAGGAGCUGGACGCCAACACGACGAUGCUGGACCUGAGCAACGUCACCUACCACGGCUUCGUCAACGUCACCGCCAAGUUCGUCGGUUACAACACGCUGGUCGUGACGCUGUACGACGAACUGAACGAGACGGUGGCCACAGGAAAAAUGGAUAUGACGGUGAGCCUCAAAACCGCGAAGCUCACCAGCGCCUUCUCCUACGUCUCGGCUUUCCUCAUAGCCUCCGCCUACUUCUUCAUGGGCGCCACAAUCGAUCUCGAGAUCGUGAAGGGCAUCAUUAAGCGACCCGUGGGCCCCUGCGUCGGCGUCUUCUGCCAGUACAUCAUGAUGCCCCUGCUAUCCUUCGGCGUGGGUCUGGCGCUGUACCCAGGCGAUGACUUCGAUAACCGACUGAUGCGUCUGGGUAUGUUCCUGGGCGGCUGCUGCCCCGGCGGCGGCGCCUCCAACAUGUGGACCCACUUGCUGCGCGGCUCCCUCGACCUGUCCAUCAUGAUGACGGGCGUCUCAACCUUCGUUGCCUUCGCAUCUUUGCCGCUGUGGGUACUCACCCUCGGACCUGUCAUUGUCAACGACGCCUCCUUCGUCAUCCCCUACUUGGACAUCACCGUCACCGUCAUCACGCUUCUGGUGCCCUGCGGCCUCGGCAUCGGCCUUCAGAUACGCUACCCCAAGGGUAAGUUUGUGGACGUCUGUGCCAAGGUGCUGUCGCCCAUCGUCGCAUUCAACCUGAUCGUCACCUUCACCUUCGGCGUGUAUGCCUACUGGUACGCCUUCACGACUUUCACCUGGCGGACCCUGGUGGCGGGCAUCACGCUGCCUACCUUGGGCUACCUGGCGGGAAUGGUCUUCGCCCUUCUCUUCCGCAUGGAUACGGCCCGCGUCAUCGCCAUCGCCGUGGAGACAGGCGUCCAGAACUACACCAUUGCCCUCAUCAUCUUAAGUUUGACCCUCGACUCCCCCGCCGGCGAGCUUGCUGUUGCCCUGCCCGCCGCCUUCACCAUCUUCACCCCCGUGCCUCUCCUAGUAUUGCUCAUCGCACGAAGGGCAUACCUGUGGAAACAAGAACGCUCCAAGGUCGCCCUCACCACCACGGACCUUAAGGACCUGCCCCAGAAGAACGGCACGGCGCAGCUCACCCCGCACCAGCGCAACACGGAGAAGGUUGGCGGCAUUGACAAUCCUGCAGCCAACCUCAGCGACAAGGUGUAAACAACUGGCUCGUGCUCGUCUUCGGUGCUGAUGACAUGCUCGGCUCAGGCAAAAGCCACUCGUCGUCGAAAGCGUCACAUUCUUAAAAGAACUUGCGUUGAAGUAUAGUUAAGCUAUAUAAAGAUAGGCUUUUAAGGAUAAAUUAUACUUGUGAAGCAACUACAGGUGGACUAAAUGGUCGGCAGUAACUGGAGGCAUCUGGUAAGUGCUGGAUCCGUAGUGGUGCCGAUGCUCAUCGAUGGAGGUGCGGCUUUACGUGAAGGGCCAGUACGAUACUUUGCAAUGUGUGUAAAGUAGUGGACAUUGCAUGAUUUGUGUUAACCGAUGCAAGGAAAUAGUAAAUUGUAGGGAGCAAAAAUGACAAACACUGAUAGAUGUUUACAGAUGAAAUUUCCUUAGACUAUCAUACCUAAACUGUGUAUAUGCUUCACUGCAGAGCAACAUUUUUUACGUGAAAUACUAGAAAUCAUUACCUUGUCAAAAAACAUUCCAAGCACAAGCUUUAUCACUCCUUGCACCAAACUCAUAGCACCGAGGAGAGCAACACGAAGGGGUGUUUCUUGGCACAUUAGCGUAGCCUACUGUGCACAAAGAAGCCGUCAGGACCCGAGAUGUUCGUGGCCCUCAGGAGAGGAGCUGCCCCACCUCCCGCCAGUGAAAAGCAAGGCAGAAGGUUACAGCCAGCAGGACUCCAACACGCUGUUCUCUUCCUUCAGCUGUCAGGAUUACGGUCAGUAAGGGCAUGGCAACUACCCUUGUCAUUCUCCCUCUUCAUAACCAGUACAGUAAGUCGGAAGUUGUAGCGGCGUGGUUUUUCAUUCAAGUCUGUGAUUACACCGACGAUUAACGAUAACGUACUUAACCUACACUAGUGCAACUCGUUUCCCAGUUCCCGUUACUCUCCAAAGUUGAAUGUAAGAGAAAUAUUGACAUGCAUUUAUCAAUCCCCUUGGAAUGAAUAUCAUUGGAUGCAAGUACUUGAUUACUGUGGAGCGGACAUACUGUACAUUACUCAGAACAUGUAAACGUACCACAGACUCCUUUAAAACGGAUAUUCAUUAUUCACUUCCCACUUCCCAGAAGGCAAUGGUCAAGAAACACUGUUGUUUAUAAUCUACCCUCAUUUUUGUUUGCUAUUGUUAAAUACAUCGAGUAUGCAGGCAGAUGUAGAUAUCGUCAAAAAAUGUAGAUAAAUAAAAUAAAAUCAGGCCUCUAAAUAAAGCAGGAAGGAUGGAAGGGAAGCUGGAAGAAAACAUUAAAACACAUCGUUAGUUUUAAAAGUACCGUUGUCCUCCGUCGACACUUGACAGAUAAAGUGUGGGGGUUGUAGCCCCCUGUUCAUAACUGUAUUCUCCACUGCUCCACGCUGGUAGGGUGUAUGUAUUGAAAAUGUAAGAUUUAUUACAUGAAAUUCGUAAUCAUGAAACCUAGUCGAGUUUUGCAUAAUUUGUUGCUGCUAUUUGAGGUCUAAUAAUUAUCAAACAAAUGGAUGACACACACAGACACACACACACACAUAAUACGAAAGAAAAAUUAAUAUUUUUACAAAUAAAUAUCGCUGAUAGAGAAAAAUAUUUUCUUUGCACCUCUAUACCAAUAAUUAACACCGCGAGCCGCCAGCCUGUGCCCGGCGUGGCUGCCCGCACCGCCUCGUCAAGAGUCACCACAACCUGCCGGCCCAGAAGGCAAUGGUAAAGAAGCACUGUUGCUUAUCUACCCUCAUUUUUGUUUGAUAUUGUUUGAUACAUCGCGCACGCAGGCAGUUAUCAGAUAUUACAGGGAAGAGCAAUGCGGCAGCUCAAGACAAUUUAGCAGCAAACUGAUGUCA